UGCGCAUGAGUGUGCCGAGAGUACCGGUGUGUGAGAGUGGGUUGACAGAUAAAUGGGUAUUUGCUGGUAGCUUUGUAAGUUAGGAGAAAGGCACCAAAAUGGGGAAAGGAGGUAGGAAGCAGCUAGGCAGCUAUUCCUGUCAGGAAGUGGCCAAACAUGACAAGCGGGAUGAUCGAUGGAUCAUCAUCAAUAAUGAAGUCUAUAACAUCACAGAGUGGUCCAAGCGCCACCCUGGAGGCUCCAAGGUCAUUGGACAUUAUGCAGGACAAGACGCCACCGAUGCUUUUCGAGCUUUCCACAAUGAUUUAGACCAAGUACAAAAGUAUCUACUACCUCUUCAUAUCGGAAGUGUUCAGAAGGGGGAGGUAAACAAGAACUACUCGCUGGAGAAAGAUUUCAGAGAGCUACGAGAAACUGCUGAAAAGAUGGGACUGUUCAAACCUAGUUAUUGGUUCUUCUUUAUACAUCUGGCCCACAUUCUGGCCAUGGAGGUGAUGGCAUAUCUAACAUUAUAUUACUUCGGAACUGGAUGGAUACCGUUUAUUGUCUCUGUCUGCUUGUAUGCAACUGUGCAGAGCCAGAUUGGAUGGUUGCAGCAUGACUUUGGACAUCUCUCUGUAUUUAAAUCCAGCUGGCUCGACCAUGUUUUUCAUUUUUUAACAAUAGGAUGUAUCAAGGGUGCUUCACCAAGCUGGUGGAACCAUAUGCAUUAUCAACACCACGCCAAACCUAAUGUGAUGGGUAAAGAUCCUGAUGUCAGAGUAGAUCAACUGUUCGUUGUUGGAGAGAAAAUGCCUGUUAAGGUUGCUGAAUCCAACAAAUCCAGUAUGCCCUACAAUCUGCAGCACAAGUACUUCUUUAUAAUUGGACCCCCUCUUCUGUUCCCCGUGUAUUUCCAGUUUAUGUUGUUUAGACAUAUUUUCACCAGAAGAUUAUGGAAGGAUUUCAUAGUAGUCAUGGCUUUUUAUGUGAAGUUUUUCUACCUUUAUACACCACUGCUCGGAGUUGGAUGGGUAUUUGUUUACUAUGAAAUAAUGAGAGUGCUAGAGAGCCAUUGGUUUACCUGGGUGAGUCAGUCGAACCACAUCCCCAUGGACAUUGAUGAGGACACCGCUGAGCCGUGGAUUCGACUCCAGCUGAAGGCCACUUGUGAUAUUGAGCAGUCAUUUUUCAAUGAUUGGUUCACAGGGCACCUCAAUUUCCAGAUAGAACACCACCUUUUCCCUACCAUGCCAAGACACAAUCUAUACAAAAUCCAACCAAUUGUUCAGUCCCUCUGUAAAAAGCAUGGAAUUCCAUACCAAAUGAAAACCCUCUCUCAGUCCUUUGUUGACAUUGUGAAAUCACUGAAGCAUUCUGGAGAACUUUGGGAGGCAACACUGCAUGCCCACCACGUAUCUUGAUUGGAAUGAGAACUGCUAGAAGUGCCUAUAACUUUUAAACAAAUUUAAUAUACACUUUUGUCAAAUGUACCAUGCUGUACCUCCAUACUUUCUGGGUUGGUAAAAUAAUUUAUUUUAAAGAAAAUAUGAAAAUACCAACAUGGAAAAUGAAGGAGUUACAACAUGAAACAGCUCUAAGUGUUCUGCAAGCAAUACACCAAAUAACAAUGUCUGGCAUUUGACUGUGCACAAGAACAGUUAACGUUGAUUGGAAUAUGAUAAUAGCCCUUCCUUUGUGUGAGACUUCAGUCUGUUUUGAUAUAUUUUACUAGUGAUUUAAAUUUUUGUUCUCUUUUUGUAUUUUCUACUGGCAUCUUUAGGCUUGUUAUAUCCUCAAUUUUGAGCAGAUGAAAUUCGUAGUUUUUGUAUGAUGCAUAAUUAUUAUCAUUAUUAUGAUUUACUAAAUAGAAAUGCUUUCUAUUA